AUGUCUUCCUCAAUACCUACAUCUACAUCUACCCCCCAAACCGCAGUCUCAACCCCAAGCCUAAACGUCAUAGCCCUGAUCUCCGGCGGCAAAGACUCCCUCUACUCAAUCCUGCACUGUCUCCGCAAUGGCCACAACGUGGUCGCGUUAGGGAAUCUGCAUCCUGCGCCGAAGCAGCAGCACAAAACAGCUACAGGAGACGGUCGGAAUGACAACAACGGCGUUGCGCAAGCAGAGGGGCCAGAGAGGGUAGAGGAUGAAGAGGAGGAAGAAGAAGAAGACGACAUCGACAGCUUCAUGUACCAAACCAUCGGACACAAUGUGAUUCCACUGUAUGAGUCCGCGCUGGGGAUUCCGUUGUACAGGGCCCCGAUCACAGGCGGCGCGGUUGAUACGGCCAGAGUGUAUCGUGAGGAUGCGGUGGAUCAGAUGGCGGAUGAUGGUGGUCGAGAUCAAGGUCUAGGUCGAGGAUCUGGAUCCGGAUCUGGUGAUGGCGACAGGGACGACGAAGGGGAAGACGAAACGGAAUCCCUAAUCCCCCUUCUCCGACGCAUCAAGCUCGCCCACCCAGAAGCCAACGCCGUGUCAGCGGGCGCGAUCCUCUCAACGUACCAGCGCACGCGCAUCGAGAAUGUAGCCGCGCGACUGGGCCUCGUCCCGCUGGCCUGGUUGUGGCAGUAUCCGAGUCUUCCUGCGCCGGUGGAGCGCGCGGAACUGUCGGCCAUGAUGCCGGACGUGGCGGACGCGGGGCUGUUGGAGGAUAUGGCGGCCGUGGGCUGCGAGGCGAGAGUGAUCAAGGUGGCGUCGGGGGGUCUGGAUGAGGGGUUUCUGUGGGGGGAUUUGUCCUCGGGGGAUGGAGCGGUGCGGAGACGUAUUGCGAAGGGGAUGAAGAGGUUUGCGGAGGCGGAGGAUAUUAGGGGUGCGGUACUGGGGGAGGGAGGGGAGUAUGAGAGCCUGGCGUUGGAUGGGCCGGGGUUCUUGUGGAAGCAAAGGAUAGAGAUUCAGCAGAGGGAGGUGAGGUCAGGGGAUGGAGGGGUUGGAUUUAUGAGGUUGAAGGGAGCGAGGUGUGUGGAUAAGGAGCAGGAGGAUGUGAAGCCGGAGGAUGUGAGGCGGCCUGCGUUGCUGGAUGAGGCCUUUGCGGCAGCUUUGGAUGCCUUGUCGGCGGAGUCGUCGCUUGCUUCUACGAUGGAGAUGGCUGAGCAGACAGAGACGGGCCCUUGGGAGUGUCCUGGCGUGUCGCAGUCGACGAACGGAGGUACAUGGACGGUUUCCAACGUCACGGCGCCAGAGGCUGGUCCUGGCGCCGCUGAGCAGAUGCGUGCCAUUGCACAAAAGAUUCGAGAUAUCCUGGGUUCUACCGUCCAUGAUUCUGGGUCUGAUGCGCGAACAACGGCGGAUAUUGUCUUUACUACGGUGCUACUGCGGUCUAUGGCUGAUUUCCCGUCGAUGAACGACAUCUACGUCUCACUGUUCAAGAAACCCAACCCCCCUGCUAGGGCCACCAUUGCUUGUGGCGACAGUCUUCCGGAAGGAGUGAAGGUGAUGGUCUCGUUGGUGGUGGAUUUAGGAUCUCGAGAUCUACGCCAGGGACUCCACGUUCAAUCGCGGUCAUACUGGGCUCCCGCCAAUAUUGGCCCGUAUUCGCAGGCCAUGUCGAUCCCGUGGCAAGGAGCAGAGCGACUGGUGUACAUCGCAGGUCAGAUCCCUCUGGAGCCGGCUUCGAUGGAACUGCCGAUUGCAUCCCCUGGACCAGAAUCGUCGUGGUUUGAGACCUACGCUUUGCGAGCUGUGCUGUCUUUGCAGCAUCUAUGGAGAAUCGGCAGCGCCAACCAGGUCGACUGGUGGUUGGGAACUGUGACCUUCCUAUCGGGAACAGACGCGAUCGAUAAAAAGGCGGCAGUCGCGUGGCACCUGUGGGAAAUCAUGCAUAGUCGACACGCUGAAGAGGACGAAGAGGAUGAGGAGCCAGCCCUGGAUGCCUGGGAUAUCAAGUACGGAGGCCGCGCUCAUGAGCAGCAGAGUCCUGCGGGAACUACUACGCUACCUAACUUUUCGGUGGUGCAGUCAGAUGUCCUGAUUCCUGCCUUUUUCGCCGUCCAGGUCGAGGAAUUGCCUCGUGGAAGUGACAUUGAAUGGCAAGGUCUAGGAUACCGGUGUGACGAAAUCAACUUGGCCACAGAGGACACAGCUUUGGGGCGCAGGAUUGAUGCUUCGACGAAGGAGGGGAUGCGCUACACGGCCAUUGAAAUCGACAUGGACCAGUCGGGACCCAGCUUAGAAUCCAGUCUGCGGGGCUUCCUGGAAAUGUAUUCCGAGCGGCCAGGGAACAUCCACUCCGUCGUAUACACUGCGCAACCGUUGCGCAGCGGUGUUUGGUCCGGACAGGUCAUCCCGUGCAAGUCGGUCUGGGGCCGACAAGGAAGACGACUGGCAGCCGGGAUACUUAUACAGAAAAGUUGAAAUAGAUAGCGGGAUAGAGAUAGCAUAUGGCGUAUUCAUUGGAGACGUCGCAUUGUUCGCCGGACUAGACCAGUCGUGCCGUAGAUGAUUGGCCCUGACAGCCACGAUAAGCGGGCUGCUUGUAUAGAUUUGGAGCAGAUG